CUGCAGGCAUACUGUGCGCGUGCGCGCUGUUCCUCCAUGUGUGCCCCGGCGACUGGCAGGCACGGAUAGGCUGUGAUUUUAAAUCCCUUUGGCUGGAAGACGCCGGAACCAACUGGGAAGCCUCAGCCACCUACGGGUGCUUCCCUCUCUCCAUCUAUCCCCUCCGCAUACGUGGCCAUGGGCAAGAGUCGGACCAAGCGAUUCAAGCGACCUCAGUUCUCCCCUACGGGCAACUGUCAGGCCGAGGCUGCGGGAGCGGCGAAUGGGACCGAAGUCGAAGAGGACGACGGGCCGGCGGCGGAGCUGCUGGAAAAGCUCCAGCACCCGAGCGCUGAGGUUCGCGAGUGCGCCUGCGCGGGGCUGGCCCGCCUGGUGCAGCAGCGGCCGGCACUGCCCAUCUUGGCUCGCCGCGAUGCCGUCCGCCAGCUCGGGCCGCUGCUGCUCGACCCCAGCCUGGCGGUCCGGGAGACGGCGGCCGGCGCGCUGAGAAAUCUCAGUGCCUGUGGAGGUUUUGAAGUUUGUGAUGACAUGGUGACGAAGGAUAUCAUGACUCCCCUGGUGGCUCUGCUAAAAGAGUGUGGUGCUGGACUGGAAUCAAAUGAGAUGUCUCCACAGGAGAAGAAAGACCAGAACAGAAACUCUCUUGAGAACAUAGCCAAUGAGGCUGUGAACGUGCUGUGGAAUAUAUGUGAAUGCAGUAGUAGAGCAGUGUCUAUAUUCAACAAAGAAGGGUGUUUGGAGAUUGUGUUAAAGUAUUUAAGUAGGUUUCCCACCAAUGUUGACCUGGCUAUUUCAGUAGCAUAUUGUUUGCAGACAGUGACAGAAGAUAACCCAGAGCUACUGAAAUCUCUCAAUUCCACAGCAUUGCAUGGGCUGGAAUGUGCCAUGCUUUGUCCUGUCAGCUCCAUGGAGUACAUUCUGUUAAAGACUUUGGUGGCAGGCACAGUCUGGAAUCUAAAGGACAUUAUUCCAUCCAAGAGUCAGGCAGAGAUCAUAAAUGCCAUACUGAAGAUCUUAUCUGAAGUUUUAGAAGUGGAUGCUAUGGAAACAGUUAUUCAGAUGAAGGAGGCCGAGACCCAGAGGAUGAAGAUGGCUGCGGAGACUGAGGAAGUCCUGGAGCAUGCUAGUGGCAUUAAUGGCGCUGAUCUGGUUGAAGAUGAUGAAAUGGAGGAAACUCCUCGAAAGAGAAAAGUCAGAAGAAAAACUUUUAUUUCUGAUUUACUUCCACCCACUGACAAGGAACUGAGAGAGACCACAGCCUUGCUAGCAGCUCAGCAGACCGCUCUGGAAGUGAUUGUCAACAUGUGCUGCAGUGAAGAUCCCUCAGACAAUGAGUGGGAAGAGCUGUCGAGCAGCGAUGAAAGCGAUGCUUUCAUGGAGACUUCCUUUAGUGAGGAUGGUGGGCAGCUACUGACCCCACUGUGCCUGUCCCACGAGAUUCACUCUGCUCUCACCAACUGCCUCAUCCCAAAGAAGGUAUUUGAGAAAACUGCCUUUCCAAGCAGUGCUGCUGUUGACAUGUGCUCCCAGAGCCCUACCUGGAAACCUUUGAUUAGAAAGAUGAACACUGUACAGUGUAGAGCCCUUGUGUGCCUCCAGAGUCUGGUGUCCCUCCUCGAUGUGGAUCACCUGGGAGGAGCUCCAGCUCUCCAGACACUUGCGCAACACCUGUCAGAGCUGCUGUUUUCUCAGCCAGAUUUUGCUGACCACCCUGACUUUCUGGAAGCAAUAAGCAGUGCCUUGAGGGCCCUUUUGCAAACAAUGGCCUCCAAUAACCUUCCCCAGUGCAUGACGCCCGAGCAGCUGAUGACGCUGUGCAGAGCUGGCAUUGGGAGCACCAAUGUUGGGGUUCGAGUGAACCUUGUCAGUAUUUCAGGAAUCAUUGGCAGCGUGCUGGCCAAAGAAGGUGGGACACUUGAAACUCUUAAGACCAUUGGGAGCUUUCUGCUUGAGGUUGCCACCAAAGACCCUUCCCUCGUGGUUGCAGGAGAAGCUCUGGAUGCCCUCUUCGAUGUCUUCGCGGAUGGAGAGGAAGCUGAAAAGGCCUCAAUUCAAAUAAAAUUGCUCUCUACUCUUAGAGAAUUUCAGCCCAUCUUCAAAAUGAAGAUCCGAAAGGAGGGGAGAGGUAAAUACAGUCCAGAUCAGCUGUGUGUUCUUGACAAUGUGAAGAUGAACUUGAGAAGGUUUAUCGCUUAUCAAGAAACUGUGGAGAAAAGACUGACUUCCUGAGCCAUCAGGAGAGUGCCAAGACUCUCCUGCGGGCACGGUCAGAGUGCUGUGUGUGGUAUGGGAAGACCUGGCUCUGUCCCCAGUACCACAGAAAGAGAGAGACCAACUUCCCAAAGGAGUUGAUGCUGCAGAUAUGUGCUUCCAAAAGCUAUUGUCAUGCUCAUACUUUGAACUUUAAUUUGAAGUUCAUAAAAAAAAAAAGUAAAACCUGUAAGAAAAGCAUGCUUGGGCAGUGGGAUCUGUGCAUUUGUCUAUGUGUCUCCCACGAACUUCAGUCCCCGAGAACAGAGGCAAUAUGGUGUGGUCCCAAGUGGUUUUGUAUGUUGUGAUAAUUAUUUGGUGCUUCAGGAGCUGGAACUCCGGGCCAUGCACACACUCUGCUCUGAACGGCAUGCCUGGCCCUCAACCAUUUCCUGGGCAGUAUAGAAACUUUCAAGAAUCAUGCCCUUGAAUUUUGCAAGAAAGCUAAGUCUCAACCAUUGCCUGGGUACUUUUUUAAGCGCUAUUAUUUUCAUUAGAUGAAACUAACUGGGUCCUAUUAGUAUAUAGCACUUCAGGACCCUGUUGUGAAGAAGUAAUUGAAUUAAUUUGUGUCACUCAGGGGCUGGCACUGGUGAGCUACUGAGGUAACAGUAAUCUCAUGGUGAUCUGAUCAAUUCCUGCCUUGAUUUAAUAUGGUAUUGAGUCAGAAUUGUAAAACAUAUUUUGAAUAAAUAACAUUUUCAUUAUAAGCUUUGUGUCUUAUACAUUCCUUUUUGUAACACACACACACAUACACCUAUUCCUGGGUGGCCUACCUCUCCUUUGUGUAGGGUAUUGGAAAAGCCUGGUGGCAGCCAUACCUCAGAAGUCCUGAAAGUAUGAGGUGACAGCUGGCUUGUGGCAGGAACUUUCCUGGAUCUGCAAGCCAGCC